ACACAGUUUUCUUUACACCCAAAUAGACGCCAUGUGACGCGACAGCUGCUGCUGGAGGCGGGAUACGCGUAAUGUCAGCCGGCUUGACGAAGGGCGCCUUACCCCUACAGCGGGAAGUGGUUGAACUCGACCUACUUGUGGACAGUGUUGCCAUGAGCGGAGUGUGGAUGUGCACGUACCAAGGAUGCAGCGUGACUGAUCUGAUCUGAUGAUGACGACGAGGAUUCCUUGAAAGUGCAGCUGUCCAUAAAUUGUUGGGUGUUUUUUCUGAUGCUCAGCCAUGGAUGAAGAUGACAGCCAGGAUGAGCUGAUAAACCGCAGCGCGUCCCACAGCAAAGGCAAAAGGACUGCAUUGUGGGCCAUCUCAGAUGACUCAGACAGUGGUGAAGAGGAGUCUGAGGAGGGAGAAUCUGACAGUGGUGAGGAAGAGGAGGAGAGUCACCCAGAUGGAGAGAAUGAUGAUGAGGAUGAUGAAGAGGAGGAUGAUGAGGAGGGAGAUGCUACUGCAGAGGAUGGAGCUCUUGGGGGACCCUCUAUUGAUCUUGCAGAAACCAGCUCGGAUGAGGACACAGAAAAGUGCCCCAUCUGCCUUAACUCAUUCAGAAGCCAGCCUGUUGCAACACCAGAGAGCUGCGAGCAUUACUUCUGUCUUGACUGCAUCCUUGCAUGGGCCAAGAAUGCAAACUCAUGUCCCGUAGACCGUAUUGCCUUCAACAGCAUAUACCUAAGAAAAUGUUAUGGAGGAAAAGUGAAGAAAAUGAUCACAGUACAAAAGCCUGUGAAGGAAGGGCAAGAGGAAAUAAUAGAUUUGGACCUGGAGCAGACCAGCUGUGAGGUGUGUGGGGGCAGUGACCGUGAGGACCGUCUCCUGCUUUGCGAUGGCUGUGAUUCUGGGUAUCACAUGGAGUGCCUCACGCCACCUCUUAACUCUGUUCCUGUGGAGGAAUGGUUCUGCCCCGAGUGUGUAGCCAGCAACCGUCACAUAAGGGUUUCAGCUGAAGAUGUGAGCGAUACAGAGAGCCUACCUUCCACUGCCCACCCUGCCACCAGUCGCCUCCAGCAUGGUGCUGCAGGUCCCACCAGAGCAAUCGCCCGAACUCAGCAGAGUGAGAGGGUUCGAGCUAAUGUCAACCGACAUCGCAUCACACAGGCACGCACAUCGCAGUUGGCUCCCACGUAUCUGAUGCAGUCCACUUGGCUCGAUGAUACUAUUAAUGCCGUGGUGUCUGGGCUCAACACGGCUGUGUAUAUACGGGAUUUAACACCCCGUGUCCCUUCUAGUAGCAGGCGCAAGACUGGGAAGUGCAGAAAGGUAAAAAGAAGGAAGAACUCCUCCGCUAAGCGUAAAACCGGUACAAGAGUCAAGAGGAGGAAAGGAAGAAAGACUAAAUCCAGAAGACGUCUGAUGUUGAAAAAGGCUGUCACUCCUCGAAGCCGAAUUGCUAAUAAUCUCAGGAUUGUAAAGGACAAGAAGAGCUCUUCGCUUCCCACCGUCUAUCGGCCAUCGGAGCAAACGCUGAGCAGCAUGCGUGCGGACAUCGGUGCAGCAUCCCUCUCUAUCUAUGGAGAUCCCUUUGACCUGGAUCCAUUUGCAGAUCGUAUUGAUUUGAUCGGUGAGGAGGAAGUGCAGCAGGCCCGCAUUACAACGCUGUUGGAGGCCAAGAGACGAGGGAUCUCUCGCUCCGCUCUUCGCUCGCACCAGCCUGUCGCUCGACCAGUCACUGCAGGCCUUUCCAGGAGAGGUAUGAAUGUGCACCAAUCGGCGGGGGAGGUGGAGGUGGCUCCUGUGCCCGACCUCCUGGGCAGCAUCCUCUCGGGACAGAGUGUCCUCAUGAUGGACAGCUCUGAUGUCGUUAUUAAUCGGGAUGGUACCCUUAAAGCUAUUAAGCCAAUCAUGCCAUCGGUGCCAAAUCCAAGCUGCAGCAGCAGCUCAGGAGAUGUCAGCGCCCAGAUCAGCCCAGUGAUGUCACCCAACCAAGGAGACAGUUCUCCGUCUCUCUACUCCAAUGGAGACCUACCAGGGUCCUCCCACAGGUCGAUGAACAGACCUCUCUCCCAGAGCUCUUCUCGCUUGCCCCCCCAGACGCCCUGCUCAUCCAGCCACAUCCAUUCAUCUUCCCAUUCUGAUUUACCCAGAGGUCAUCCAAGGUUGCAGCCACCUCACCCAGUCAGACCCACACACCCUCCUGGUCACCUGAGAACCAAUGGAAUGGGAGACUCCAGCCCCUCCUCAUCCAUUCACCCCACGCUCGACUCCAGCUCCAAGAGCAAGGCAGUGGCCUUAUCACAGUCCCAACCUAAAAAGGCACCUCCAAAGCCCAUGUGGGUAGAUGUGUCGGUGCUUCCUAGGAUACCAAAAAAAAAACGGGAGAGCAGUGAUAUUGCACACGAUGGCACCGGUCAAGGUGGCAGCAAUCAAAGCACCAGUGGUGGGAGAAAUGGAAGUAAUUCUAGCAGCAGCAGUAGUAAUGGUUACCGCGUGCCGGAGGCGGGCAUGAACAGCUUUGCCGUGGACAAGGGAAGGCAGCAAAGUCUAGACCAACAAAAGGGCCGGGCUGACAGUCAGGCUCCGAGGCAGAGACCUGAUGGAGCCGGCUCGUCCUCAACCUUCUCCAACUCAUUCUCCACUUCUUUGUCCCCUUCUGGCUCUUCUGCCAGCCAAACACGUUAUUCCCUGUCUUCCUCGUCUUCCUCAUCUUCAUCAGCAGUGAGCUUCCGUAUUAACUCCAGUGGGAACUCCUGGCAGUCAAGGCAGCUAAGCAGCUCGUCAUCCCCUGCUGCUGGAGGCCGCAUGCCGACACAUCGGCGUAAAAAGGAAGAUGAAGCAAAAAACCGACAGCUGCACAGGGAUGAACGGAUGCUGCUGUCACCACGUAUGCUGGCUAGUACGGAACAAGACAGUGAUAAUAUCUACGAUCCCUUUGAUCCCACGCUGUCAGACUCGGGAAGCUCAGACGAUGAAGCUGAGAGCGCAAGCCUAGAUCGUAGCUCCCAACAUGCCACACAUGAGGGGAAGGCUUUUAGUUUGGGCAACAAAAAGAGUUUAGUCAAGAGCAAGCCGGACCUGGUUACUGUGAAAACUGAAACGCAAGAAAUUGAGGUCUCACAGGAAGAACCAAGGAGAGAUGGUGCUCCUGAAACCACUCCACAGAGGGUCCGAUGCGCAGAGGAAAAUGUCAAGGUAGAAAAAGAAUCUAGAUUUAUAGACAAAAAGACUCAGAAACCAACUUCCUUACUUGCCACUUGCAAAAUUAAGAGCGAGCCAGGGUUGGAUAAUACAGGGAAAGAUGAAAAGUUUGGUCACAGACUAAAAAGUUUGAAAUCAGAGAAGGCAGACGACAAACCACCGGUUCAGCAUAGAUUGGAUCUUUUAAAGACUGAGAGAGAGACUCUAGAGGAGGAGAGUGGACAUACUGACUGUAAGAACAAUUCCUCAGCAUCUAGCUCGAACCCCACCACGAAGAAACUAAAUCCAGAAACUAAAUCUGCUUCCACAUCCUCUUCCACGUCAAGAGAUUUGGGCCAUAAGAAGAAGACCUUCCAAGCUGCAAAGGAGAAGCGCUCUAGCAGUUCAGAGGCAGGAGACGGGAGAGGAGAGCAUCUUGCCUCAGUCCAGGGAGGUCAACGAAAAGAAAAGGAGAAGGACCGGGGAAGGAGUUCCAGGCGGUCAAGCUCCCGAGAGAGGACGAGGAGGGCAUACUCUACUUCAGAAAGCUCUCAGUGCAAUUCCCCAGACAAGACUCGCGGCAAGAGACGCCGGUCCCGGUCCAGAUCCAAAGAUGAGAGGCGAUCUAGGUCUGGUUCCAGCUCUAGCAGCAAAGACCGUUCAAGGAGGAAUAAGAUGAGAAAAAGGAGCAAGGAGAGAGACUGUGAUAGAAGACGGGUAUCAACGGACAAGAGACAUAGCCGCUCCCGCUCAAAAUCACGUUCCAGGUCCGGAUCCAGGGAAAGGAGGAAAGAGCACACGCAACUGCAACAAGCGUCUCUCUCCUCAAAAGACAAGGUGGAGUCACGGCCAAAAGACAAGAGGAGACACAGGUCUAGAUCCAGCUCAAGAGAGAAAAGGAAAGAGGAAUCAUCAUCGAAGAGCCGUCAGAAAACCUCAGGGUCCUGUGUUUCGUCCUCAAAAGACGCACAACUAUUACAGGGCAAGACAAAAGAGAAGGAUAUCAGCCGAAGCUCCCUCAAAGAGGACAAAGCCGCCGCAGUGAAUAAACAGAAGAUUGCCACCUCUGAACUUAGAAUAAAAGGCAAAGCCCCCUUGUCAGACAGCCAAGACACAACAGCAGAAAUGGUGAAAGAGAUGCCGAUUACAAAAAAAAUCAAGAAAGAAAAACAAACCUCUCUUGAUAUGUUUGAAAAUCCAUUCUCUCUCACGAAACAAAUUAAGAAAGAAGAAACUGACACUCAUUCUUUGAUGGUAGCUGAACGCGUAGAGGAGGAGGGAAACAAAGAACACCCCAUCAAGACUGAGCAGUUUGAAAUCAAGACUGAGAAGUUUGAAAACAAGACGGAGAAGUUUGAAAACAAGACUGAGAAGUUUGAAAACAAGACUGAGAAGUUUGAAAACAAGACGGAGAAGUGUGAAAACAAGACGGAGAAGUGUGAAAACAAGACGGAGAAGUUUGAAAUCAAGACUGAAACAUUUGAAAACAAGACGGAGAAGUUUGAAAACAAGACUGAAACCGUUGAAAUCUCCAUAAUUAAAGCCGAACCAAGUUCCCCAGAAUUAUGCCACUUUACCCCUUCCACCUCAUUUUCAACACCAACACCCGGUCCAGCAGACGGUCUCCAGGACGCCGUCUCUGAGUUUCACACGGAGUUACUGCCCUCCAGAGAACAACAGGACACCGUCCCUGUAAAGCAGGAAGCUCCGCAGCCCUCGGACUCUGAUGACGACUUUAAUGUCGACGUGAUGCUGGACAACCUGGACUAUGUGAAGUCUGAGCGCACGGAGGACAGCGCUGCGUCCGUCAAACAAGAGGGAGAAAUAAAAGAGGAGACGGAUGAACAGGCGUCGACUGCAGAGGGAGAGAAAUCCAAAACUCAAGUGAAGAGGGUUACCUGGAACAUCCAGGAGCCCGAGGGGCCUCAACCAGAGAAGUCUGCGAGCAAGCUAUCUCUGUAUAAAUUGAAGCUGAAGCAGGAAGGAGCUCGCAGACCAUCUUCAACAGGCCAGACAUCCAGUCGGGAAAGCACUGGAGCGGCCAAGAGAGGCGCUGGUGGUCCGCUCGGUUCCUCCUCCACGUCUGAUGGGGAACCAGGAGACCAGUAUUUGAGGAAGCUGCACAUGCAGGAGAGGGCGAUAGAAGAGGUGAAGCUCGCCAUCAAGCCUUUCUACCAGAAGAGAGACAUCGACAAGGAUGAAUACAAAGAGAUUGUACGCAAAGCCGUCCAGAAGGUGUGCCACAGCAAGAGUGGGGAGAUCAACCCAGUGAAGGUGGGCAAUCUGGUCAAGGCAUACGUGGACAAAUACAAACACGCUAGGAAACACAAGAAAGAAGACGACUCAGGGCAGCCAGAGGAGGACGAUAUGAGCCCAUGAGGAAGCAGGCUUUAGACAACCACUGCAAACACUAAUCCGUCAUUUUGACUUUGUCCUACCACUGGGAGUGUCCUCAAACUGACAAACCCAUUCUACAAGGUUGAUUAAAGCGUACUCAAAGCUUCAAGAUGGAACAUUUUCUAUACAUGUCGAGCUUUCUAUCUUAACGGAAGUUUUGAGGUUCACUUGAGCUGCACCUGAUAAUGUCUUGUGCCACGGCCAAGACCUGGCGUGUGUCCUACAGCUCAGACGCUUAAUGGGAGACCUCGAGGUUGUGCCUUAAAGAGGCAAACCUCAAAGACCCUCCAUGACCCAUGGAGCGAUCCAAUCCGGAGCUUUCUCCACCGGGACGCAGCGUGGGCUUUGACUUUCAUGUGGCGUUUUCUUUUUUUGUGAGAGUGAAGGUGUAUUUAUCAGUCGCAACAUUUUUGUUGGUGAAAAAGAGGUUAAAAGAAAUAUGCAAGGUAUUCAUAUUAAAGACGUUUGUAUCAUUAAGGAACAACACUGUUAUGCAAUUUUUGUAGAAACAUUUAUCAGUAGAGUAAUUAAAUAAUUUUAGAUUUGGUUGUAAAUAAUAUAGAUUUGAUAUAUUCACUUAUAUGUUCCUUUCAUCUGUGUUUUGACACAAAUGAUUGAAGUCCUCAGAGUUGAUUGGUUUGUUUUGUAUUUUAAAGCCUCUGUUAUGUUGUUCUCUCUGAUAUCUGUGUGCGUUGAGCUAACGCUAGUCCAGCACAUGCAGGCAGCAGUUAGAAAUGAGCAGCCUUUUCUCUGGAGGCACAUUUUGUUUUCUUAUGUUCAGAACAAACCUUUGAAUCUCAUCGUUAUCUGUUUUCCAACCCAUGUAGGAACCCGGUUUUAGAGAACCAAGGAAUAUCUGUUUUUUGUCCCAAAGUAGUAAUACAUAAAUAUACAUCAUGAUAAUCAGAAUGAUGCAAGAUUUCCUUCAAUGCAAGAGAUUUAGGUAGUUUUUGGGCAUACAGUUUUUAUCAAUGGACGCUACAUGUCUAGAAUACAGAAUGUAGGAUUUAUUUUAUUUUGGAGUACAAAGGGUAAUGUUCAUGUUAAUUCAUGUUUAUUAUUACAGAGUUGCAAUCUCCAUUAUUUUUUCAAAAAGGUAAUGUACAUAUUUUCUCACUGUCUUGUCUGGUGCUCAUGUACACAAACAUUUCAACUGCAGAUUUUGUUUUUCCAUUUUGUAUUUAAUGUGUUAAUUUUAAUGGCACAAUUUCAUGGUUUUGUGAGAUCAAUAUUCAAUCUAUAUGUCAUACAUAAAACAAUGGAACAGCUCGCAACAUUUUCCAAGGUUGCUUUGAUGGAAAUAAACACGUGCUCUUUACUAGGAACAUUAAAAAAGUCUUUUCGGUGUUCACCUGCAGUUCUUAAUCGUAGCUUAAUGAUGACUGCCUUUUCAUUGUGUCUUUAACAUAACUCUUGGUGAUCUGCUUUGCUUUCUUUAACCAAAAUGUUCAUGAGAAAUUAAUUCCGCAUGUCCAUAAUUUUGGAGUCUAUACUAGUUUAUUGCAGACUAACGAGGGAUUAGGCGUGUGGUUGGACGCGUGCUUUGCCGCCACGUUUAAUCCGGCUUCACACUACGAGGCGGAGUCGUGGAAGAAUCUACACAAACAGGUGCUCAUGUUUAUCUGAAUGUAUUUUCCGUUGUUCUGCAUUAACUUGAUCAGACAGGCCGGUGUUUCUAAGAGAGAACACAAAUGAUAAUAAAUCACUGAUGUUAAACGGG